AUGGUUCGCCAUCUCCUUCUAUGUCUUUUCAUCAGCUUCUUUCUUCAUCUCACGAUAGUCCAGGCCUUCUUCUGCAAUGACAAGAGCUGUGGAAGAUGCGUGAACUCGAGAUUUAUUAAAUGUCGAUGGUGUAAACGAGAUAAUAGAUGUCACAAUCCCGGCGCCGUUCUAACAAAUCCUUGCAGCAGAGCGGAAAAUAUUGUAAGCAAAUCUCAUUGUGAUGACGAACUGCCACGCUAUGAUCCUAAAUUAGCCUACAAAAUGUUGCUUCUUUCUGCUGCAGCAUACGACUCAGUUGAUCCGCAAGAAUGCCUCAACAAUUCGCUCCCAUCUGGCAAGUUUCAGCUUCAAGCUGUGGUGACAAAGAAUUGUGACGUCUUCAAUAACAGCUGCUCAGGCUAUGUGGCUGUUUCACAUGCGUUGAAAGUAAUCGUAGUCGCUUACCGUGGCUCUCUGGGUUCAGAUCAAUCAGCAGCCAUAGCCGAGGAAACUUUGCUUAAGCCCAUGACAACUUUCCUCCGUGGCAAAGUUCAAUCCUAUUGGAAGAGAGGUUUCGAGUUGUUAUGGCAGGCAAGCAUGAAAGCGGAAGUGGAAGCUCUUCUAUCGAAAAAUCCAAAGUACAAAAUCUGGGUCGCAGGGUAUUCUCUGGGUGGUGCAAUGGCAUCAUUGACCAGCACAUGGAUCAGUUCUUUCAAAUUAGCUCCUCGCGAAAACAUCAUUUUGUACACGUUCGGCAUGCCUCGAGUUGGAAACUACGACUACGCCCUGCAACACGAUCAAUUGGUCAACAACAGUUGGAGAGUUGUGAACGAAAACGACUUAAUUCCUCAUUUCCCCAUAGUUGUUGGAGUCCCUAAUAUCUUCACUGGUCCGUACCACCAUGGCGUAGAGGUAUUCUACAGCGACGGAGCUGCAAGCGUUUAUUCAAAGCACAGAGAGUGUCACGGGAAACCAUACAAUGAAGAUGCCACAUGCAGCUUCGCUGAAAAGCACCUUUCUAUCAAACGGCAUUUAACCUACUUCAGCAUUCCAGUAGGAGGCUUUUGGAAAACAAGAUGCCUUCAUCCAUGA